AUGAGUCAAACAUCUCUGAAACAGAAAAAGAAGAAUGAAACUACAACAAGGUACUCAAAAGACAGCCUUGAAGCAGAGAAAAGACGGGACUCCGAGAAAUCAGGAGGUCAUCUCAGCACUCAGAUGAGGCGUGCAGUCAAUCCGAAUCACUCGCUGAGAUGUUGUCCCACUCGGGGCCACUCGUCGUGUAGAUGCUGCCUUUGUGCAGCUGAGGGAACAGUGCUUCUUGGCCCCUGCCGCACAGUUCGUGUGUAUAUUCACAUGUGCCUGUUGUGGCAGCAGGGCCAGCAGAUCACCAUGAUCAGGGGAGCACAAGAAUUAUCCUUGCCAAAGGAAGACUCCGGAGGGCACCUCACACGAAAUCAGUGGUCCCGAACUGCACGGAGCCCCUCCACCAGAGCUCCAUCAGUAGACGAGCCAAAAAGCAGGAACACCAGUCUUAAGCUCCCCACUAGCUCUGCAACCUCCCAGACUUCACCCACCUCCCCCAGCCAGCAAGAGUCACCGGGGGAACUGUCAGCAAAGCCAUCGCUGCCCUCACCGCCCGCGUCCUCCAUGCCUUUCUCACAUCCGCCCACGCCCCCGGAUCACCAGUCCCAGGCGGGGUCUUGGCGCAGCACCAAGAUGCACGACAAUCCGGAAUCCGGGGCUCACGGCAUGGGGCGGGAGAUCCGUGAGUCCCGGGACGCCAGGGACACGCAUCCCCGGGACUACCCGCGCACACCCCCCACAGAAUGGAAGUCCUUUGCCCAAUGCAGGGCGCUCAACCCGUCCCAGAUGGACCGUGACUCCGUGUCCGACCAGACCCAGAGGCGGGAGGAAGAGGAUGACUACGACGAAGCCUACUGGGCAUCCGUGCGGACGCUGUAUGAGAACAUCCCGGACUGCUCGCGCCCCCGGCUGCCCAAGCUCAAGCAUGCCAUCACCGUCGCGGUGUCAUCCUGGGCGCUCUUCAACAUGGCUGACGGAAGCAAGAUCUACGAAGAGGAGGGUCUGGAAAAGUACAUGGAGUACCAGCUUCACAACGAGAACGUCAUCCUGACCCCGGGGCCUGCCUUCCACUUCGUCAAGGCACUGCAGCACGUCAAUGCUAGACUCCGUGAUCUGUAUCCUGAUGAACAGGACUUAUUUGAUAUUGUGCUGAUGACUAAUAACCAUGCCCAAGUGGGAGUGCGGCUUAUAAACAGCGUCAAUCACUAUGGCUUACUAAUUGACCGCUUCUGUCUGACUGGUGGAAAAAGCCCCAUUGGCUACUUGAAGGCAUAUCUUACCAACUUUUAUCUCUCUGAGGAUUCUGAAAAAGUACAAGAAGCAAUACAAGAAGGGAUAGCCUCUGCAACAAUGUUUGAUGGAGUCAAAGACAUGGCUUACUGUGACACCCAGCUCCGUGUGGCCUUUGAUGGGGAUGCCGUCCUCUUCUCUGACGAGUCUGAGCACAUUGCCAAGGAGCAUGAGCUAGACAAAUUCUUUCAACAUGAAACACUAUUUGAGAAUAAGCCUCUAGCUCAGGGUCCCUUGAAAGGCUUUCUGGAAGAUUUAGGCAGACUGCAAAAGAAGUUUUAUGCCAAAGAUGAGCGGUUACUUUGUCCUAUCAGGACCUACCUGAUUACAGCCAGCAGUGCAGCCAGUUCAGGAACCCGUGUGCUGAAAACCCUUCACAACUGGGGUCUAGAGAUAGAUGAAGCUCUUUUCCUUGCUGGAGCUCCCAAAGAUCCCAUCUUGGUGAAAAUAAGGCCCCACAUCUUCUUUGAUGACCGCAUGUUCAACACUGAAGGGGCACAGAAAUUCGGCACCACCACAGCUCAUGUACCUUAUGGAAUUAAUGAAAAAAUGAACAAUUAG